AUGAACCGUUGGUUAAGUGAAAAAUCACCAAGAUCUUACAAUGUCACAUAUUUAGGCCCAUGUUCGCAAAAUGAGUUUACUGAUAUCCUAAGUAAUGAAGUAAGAAGAAUUAUUGUGAAAGAAGUCCAGGAAGCAAGUUUAUUUUCAGUCAUGGCUGAUACAAUCCCCGACAAUUCUCAUAAGGACCAAUUAGCAGUUUGUUUGCGUUUUGUUAAUAACAAUGGAAAAGCAAUUGAAAGACUUCUAAAAAUAACUGAAGGAGUAGACAAAACUGGCCUAGGAACAGCUAAACAGAUUAUUGAUAUUUUAAAUAAACAUUCUUUAUGUACGGAUAAUUUGAUAUUUCAAUCAUAUGAUUAUGUUAGUAACAUGUCUGGGGAGUUUAAUGGUACACAAGCUAAGCUUCAGAAUUGA